AGAACGCUCCGGAAGAAAAGGUAAACUUUACACAACGCGGAACAGCUGUUUUUUAAGAAGCAGGAAAGAUAAGUCAGUUUAAGAAUGCCAUGCCCUAAAAGAAAAAUGCAAUCUUCUGAGCCUCAAAAUAAUAAAGAAAUUAUGGGUCAGAGCCUUGCAACAUCUGAUAAAACAGGUCAUAUGUCGCAAAGGACUGUUUGUCCAGAAGUGCCACAGAAGAAAUUUUUAGUGUCCAAAAGAAAACCUUCAACACGUCAUAAAGAAGAGAAAAGGCAACCUCGCCGUUCCUCUAGACUGAAAAGGGUCUCAAAUAUGUUAACAAGUGGAAAAAGAAAAAGACUAUCAAUUACACCUGCUCUGUCAAAAGAACCAGGCACAGUUUCAAAGAUUCAGUUUGCUAAAGUUUUAAAUGCACCUGAAAAAAAAAUGUUUUCAACUUUGUCUGUCCUUAAAAAAGGAAGCAAGCAAUACUCUUCACCAAAAGUGAAGAGAGAUAAAUCUGAGUAUCCUCUUUCAAAAACACCUUGCACAAUGUUAGCAUUGCCCUAUCCUGUUCUUACAGAGCACAGUUAUGGUCAACCUUCUGAUUCACAAAGUGAAGAAACAACGCUGCCAGACAAAAACAAAAUAGGAGGAAUAACCAAAUAUGGUCUUGAUUUGAAGGACCAAGAAGAUCCUACAGUGUGUCUUUCAGUGACAAAAGUAAGUCAUGCUUCUGUUGAUAAAAUUUGUCUUCAAGAAGAAAAACAACUUCCGAUUGACCCCAUUGGGAAAAUCACUGUGAGUUUGGAUGCCAGGGUUAAUAUGGGAAGAACAUCUUCAGCCCCCCUACAAGCACUUUUUGUUCAAGGGGCAGACGUAAGAAAACAUGUAACAUCUAAUACUAAAAAUAUAGUUAAUUUGGAUGCAUCUGAGAGUGUAAACGCAUGUUAUCUUCAGGAUUCUAUUCAGGCAACAGAGGUCUCUAUUGCUCCUGUUGUGAUCCAGAGCCCUCAGACUUCAGAUUCUUUUUUGAAGCUGGACAGUUUUGAGAUUGAGCACUGUGUGGUUGAAAUUGAAACAGUAGAAGAAGUAAUUAGUGACUUUGAUGCCUCAAAGAACCACCAGCAGCAAUUCCCUGACUUGCAGGAGUUGACCGAGCUCAAAGAAAUUAGCAAAGCUGUAGCAUGCAAUGAAAGCACCUCAACUCUACCACAGAACAGCACAGAUGAUUUAACACAAGUUUUCACCUUGCAGACUAGCUCUGAACCUCUCAAGAAGCAAGCAAUGAAUCCUCAGGCAAGAACCAAGGCUCGUUUAGCAGCCCUUGCUGAGGAAAAAGCAGCUGCGGCUAAAAGGCAACCACCCAAGCAGCUCAAUAUCUUGGCUCUGUGUGAGGAAAUUGCAGAUGACAUAGCAUCUGACACAGGAGCAGCAAAAGAAGAGGAAACACAGGAAAGUAUUCAAUCUGAUGAGAUGAACCAGAAUAAAAGUGAGUUGGAUAACACCUUUAUCUCCACUGUUUCCAGUGACUUUUCUCCACCCAAAACCCCCACAGAGGACAUACUUGAACAGGCACAGGUAAAUGCCCCCAAAAAAAGAUUUUUUCUCAGCCAUGUGUCCAUCCCUAUUAAAACCCAGGAGAAAACAAAACUGUCCCGCUUCCAAAAGCUAAGGCAGGUUGAACUUAUGAGAGAAAAGCUGACUUGGACACGCGUUAAAAAAAUGAAGUCCGAUCAGGCUACUCAGGAUGGUGCAGUGGUCUCCACACAGUGCUUGCCAAUUUUGGUAUCAACCAGUCAGGUCAGUGCUCCUUCCCCUGUGCCACUUGCAUCAGAGAGGUUGUCCAAAGGAGGACCAAAGGAGCACAGAAAGGCUCUCCCAGCUGUAGCACCACCCAUGCCCAAUGGUACUACUAGCUCAAAGAGUAAGUCUGCUAUAGAGUAUAAGCCAUAUUUUCCCAGACCAAAGUAUUCGCCAGAUGACUUUGAGCUGGAUGAACCUGAGGAGCUGCAUAGCAAGCCAGCUGCUGCACAACAGGAGAGAAGAAUGGAGCAUAAUCUACCACCAGCUAAAGAGUCCCCUAAAAUUUCAGAAAAGUACUCAAGCAUUCAAAGUUCUGCAGUAUCUACAAGCAUCAUGCCAAAAUCAAGCAAUGAACAAGAGCCUACAUCAACUGAAAAUGUAGAAGUCACAGACAGGAAUAGUUUUGGCUCUGAGACAGAAACAGUUUGUAUUGAGGGACCAACGACACCAAGUACAGGAGCAGAACAAAGAAGCAUAAAAAACAAGAGUCAGAAUGCGUUUGGAGCUGUGACUUGCAACAUUUGUGGGAUGCUGUACUCGCCAUCCACUACAGAGGACGAGACCCAGCACCUGCUCUUCCACAACCAGUUUAUUAGUGCUGUCAGAUAUGUGGGCUGGAAGAAAGAGAGAAUUUUAGGACAGUACCCAGAUGGCAAAGUUAUUCUUGUUCUCCCUGAUGACCCCAAAUAUGCACUCAAAAAGGUGGAGGAGAUUAGAGAAAUGGUGGACAGUGACCUGGGAUUUCAGCAAGUGGACACAAAGGUCCCUUCCCAGACCAAAACCUUUCUUUUUAUUUCAAAUGACAGGAAGGUGGCUGGAUGCCUGAUUGCUGAACAUAUUCAAGAGGGCUAUAGGGUGAUAGAGGAGCCAUUGCCAGAGGGCUCGGAAGGCGAAAAGGCAAUGUUUGAGCGACAGAGGGCUUGGUGUUGCUCUACAAUUCCAGAGCCAGCAGUCUGUGGGAUCAGUCGCAUUUGGGUAUUUAGUAUGAUGAGAAGAAGAGGCAUUGCAUCACGAAUGAUCGAGUGCCUCAGGAACAAUUUUAUCUAUGGAUCACAUUUAAGCAAAGAUGAAAUUGCUUUCUCAGAUCCUACACCUGAUGGAAAGCUUUUUGCUGCUCAUUACUGUGGCACCUCACAGUUUUUAGUGUAUAACUUCAUUAGUGGGACAAGUUUACCCUGACAUCAACUGCAAAUGGACUCAAUUCUACAGAACUCCCUUCAAAUAUUUAAACAGUAGAAGAGGAUUGUCAAUCAACGCAUAAAAACACCAAAUGGAAUAAACAAUAUAUAAAUCGGAGCUGCAUCCUGACAUGAAUUUGACAGAUUUUACAGGCAUGAACUCAUAUUUAACAUGCUUUCUUCAAAUAAAAAUGUUAAUCUGGCAUCUUUGAUUAGAUAAUAUGAUUUUAUAUCAUAUACUAAACUGUAUAGAUACGAAAGAGCUGAUCCCAGGUCAAAAUUAGGAUAGUUUUAUUGCGUUUUGUAAAGCUGAGUUUUAAUAUCUUUCUUCAGAGGGCAGAGGACACAGUUAUGCAUUAUUUAUAUUUACUCUUUUAAGGCCAGCUGAAAUUAAAAUUUAAACUACACUGUACAGUAGCAUAUAGCUGUUGUUUUUUGCUUUGUAAAAGUCUGCCACUCUCAGUUGAAGCCUAUCAAAGUUUGCUUAAUUUUAUAUGAACACUUCUACUGUAAGCAGUGUCUCCCUGUUGAGGCUACAACUGAAAUCAUUGUGAUCUCAGGUAAAAUAAAUAAAAUUUGUACAAGAUUUCUCCAAAUAUUAAAAAAUCUGUAUUGCA